CCCCACACUGGGGACGGAGCCUGCAACCCAGGGAUGUGCCCUGACCCAGAAUCCAACCGUGACCUCCUGGUUCAUAGGUCCAUGUUCAACCACUGCCACAUUGGCCAGGCGAUCCUCAUAGAUUCAACCAAACUGGAUUUGCAGAAACGUUUUGUGAUAAGAACAGCAAGAUAACGUAACCUCUGCCAUAACCUCCCGGCUAGCUGAAACUCGGAACACUUUGUCCCGGUGAGAAGGUGUGGAAGACAUCUAGGUGCAGCAUCCGCGAGACCGGGAAAUUUAGUCUGCUUUUGGAAAAGAGAAUUUUAUCAAAACAUUUCAUACUUCACUUAAUCUUGUUAAACCUUCAGAAAGUCAAAACUGCUAGUGUUUGCCGCUGCAGUUUCUCAGGAGAUGGCGCCAUGGGAAAAGUGGACGGAAAGAAAGACCACAAAAGCCAAUUUCGCCCCCCACCCCCUCGCGGCGGCGCCUCUCCGGGGAGACCGGCAGGGGGCGCGCGCGGGCCGGCUCGCGGCUGCUUCCUGGGCACGUGACCACCUUUCGCUUUACGGCACGUCGCCUGCCGCGGCGGCGGUUACCAUGGGGAUAGGGCUUGGGUGGCAACCGUAACUAGGGAGCCGGAGUUGGAGAAAGCGGCUGCUGGGAAGCGGCUGAGGAGUCCGAGCAGCCGGACGACCCCGGGCUUGUGAGCACCGGGCUGGGCGCGCUAGGAAACGCCAGAGAGAACAAUGUCAGAUGCAAAGAGAAACCCACCAGAAGAAGCGGAAGAUGGAGAAACAGAAAUGAAAGAAGAAAAAUAUCCAGAUCAUGAAGACCUAACACCAGGGAGAGAGACUCAGGAGGAGAAAGAGGCGGAGGAUGAGGAAGAGAAUGGACAGCUGGAGGAAGAGGAAGAGGAGGAGGAGGAAGAGGAAGAGGAGGAAGAAGAGGAAGGACUGCUGGAGGAAGAGGAAGGGAAAGGACAGCUAGAGGAGGAGGAAGGGGAAGGACUGCUGGAGGAGGAGGAAGAAGAAAAGGGUGGAGCAGGACUGGACAAGGUGGCUGCACGGUUCCAGGAAGAACUCGUGGAGGAGCCCCAACAAAUCGCCAUGUCCGUGAGCAGUUUGCAGGGACGCCCAUUGACUGGUUCCCAGUCACUCACGUCAGAAAGUUCGACAACGCGUUCGCUGCAGGCAGAGAGUCCGAGCACCCCGAGCUCCCACGACUAUGACCUGGAGCUCACCAGUUCUGACGAGAAGCUGGUAACUUCCCUUCAAAAGAAGACGGCCCAAGGGCCCCCCGAGACACCGGGCCCCGAGAGAGCUGCCAGGCCGGCAGCAAAGGGGGAGAGGAAGCCAGAAAAGAGAGUGGGCCUCUCGGCCGCGGAAGAAGCGCCCAGAGCUCGCCUCCGGCUGGACUCGCUGGUGUCCAUCAGCAGUAAGGACAUCUUGUUUGAAAAGGAGGACCAGGUCAGCGUGUAUCCCUUGACCAUGACGUGGAAGUACGGGUGGAACAGCUCCCUGCCCGUGUACUACAUCCGAGACCAAAAGCAGAGGGUGCUCCUGUACGCCAGCGCCCACACCGCCGUCAUCUACAACGUGUUCAAGAACGACCAGCAUCACCUCAUGGGCCACCCGAACGUGAUCUCCUGCAUGUGCAUCAGCGAGGAUAGGCGGUGGAUCGCCACGGCCGACAAAGGGCCCAACUGCCUGCUGAUCAUGUGGGACUCCUUCACAGGGAUUCCCGUGCACACAAUCUUCGACAGCUGCCCGGGAGGGGAGGGCAUCAGGGCCAUAGCCAUCACCCGAGAUGCCAAGUAUCUGGCCACCAUCUCGGAUGCUGAAGUCCAGAGAGUUUGCAUCUGGAGGUGGACUUUAGCGGCCGAAACCCCGGCAUGCACGCUGGACCUUCCCAAAGAGUACGGUCCUCAGAACUACCUUCUUUUUAAUCCAACAAAUAAUAAAGAAUUGGUGAGCAAUAGUAAAAUACAGGCAAUAUAUUAUUUGUGGGAUGAAGAGAGAGAGGUGCUUAUUCACAGUGCCCCACUUUUAACAGAAAAAACAUUCAACAAGCACGUGGGGAAGUUCAGCCAGUCCAUCUUCCACCUGAACCUGACCCAAGUCCUCUCGGCGACCCUGGAAGGGAAGCUGGUGGUCUGGGAUGUGUACCGCCCGCCGCCCUCAGCCUCCGCCUCCCCGGCCCUUCCCUACAUCAAGCCUUGUAAACUGGUUCAUUUGCAGAAAGAGGGCAUCACGGUGCUUACUACCGUUGACAGCUACAUUGUCACAGGUGACGUGAAGGGUAGCAUUAAGUUCUACGACUGCACCCUGUCCAUCCUUAACUGGUUCAGCAACUUCAAGCUGAGCUCCAUCAGAACGCUGUCCUUCUCCAAGACCCCCGCAACGCCGCCCACCGAGAAAUCAAACUACCCUUCAGACUGCACCUUAAAAGGCGACACUUUUGUCGUAAGGAAUUUUAUCAUCGGAACAUCUGACGCGAUCGUGUACCACUUAAAGGCGGAUGAGACCAAACUGGAGAAGCUAAUCAUAGAGCCCAAGGAAGCCAUUUGCGCCAUUGCCUGCCACCCCUAUAAGCCCCUCAUCACCAUCGGGAGCUUCUGUGGGAUGAUCAAGGUGUGGGAUUACAGGAAGAAAAGAAACCUUUUCAGCAGAGUCUUCGAGAAGGGGCUUGGGAUCCAGAGCCUGACCUACAACCCCGAAGGAAACCUCCUUGGAGCUGGCUUCACAGAGGGGACAGUUUACAUUCUUGAUGCAAUGUCCUUGGAAAACGGAAUCCCAGAGCCUUUCAAAUAUUCCAGGACCAGCGUGACUCACAUAAGCUUCUCCCAUAACUCCCAGUACAUGGCAACCGCGGAUGCAAGCUUUACCGUGGCCGUUUACGUGGUCAAGGUUAGAAACAGUCAGAGGGUCUGGGAAUACCUGGCAAGGCUGCGCUCUCAUCGCCAGAGCCUCCGGAGCCUCCUGUUCGGGGUCCAUCUGGACAGCAACGAGCCCAGACUGCUGAGCCUCGGGAGGGACAGGCUCCUGAUCGAGUAUAAUCUUCUGAAGAGCCACAAAAACCACCUGGAAGUGCUGGACAUUCACCAGACCGACCAGGGCAGCUACCCCACCUGCAUGAUCUGGUACCCUCCGCUCACCAAGGAGCUCUUCCUGCUCAUCUCCAACAGCGGCUACAAAGUGAAGCUUUUCAACUCUACCACCAAGAUGUGCAGAAAGACCCUCCUGGGACCGGUGUACGGGUCUCCCAUGGAGCAGAUCCAGGUCCUGCCUGUGAAAGCCGCCAUCGAGCUGCCGAGGCGCUACCUGGUGUUCAUCAACAGAGACAAGGUCGGACUCCAGAUCUUACCGAUAGAUGGCAAUCCCCAUAAGACCUGUGCUAUCGUCUGCCACCCAAACGGGACGGCCGGGAUGGCCCUCUCCUAUAAUGGCCACUACAUCUUCACGGCCGGAGGACAGGACCUCUCUGUGGUGCAGUGGGAAGUCAACCUCAGCGCCCUGGAGGCGGCCGUUUCUCUCGGGGGCGAAGACCUGAUCCCGUUCUAUGGCCUGGUGUCUGGUGGCAGGGAAGGAAAAUUCUACAGGGAGCUGGAAGACUAUUUUUACUACUCACAGCUCCGUAGCCAAGGUAUCGACACAAUGGAGGCCAGGAAGGUGUCGGAACACAUUUGCCUGUCGGAGGUGCCUUUUGUCAUGAGAGCCAUCGGCUUUUACCCAUCGGAGGAGAAGAUUGAUGAUAUAUUUAACGAAAUCAAAUUUAGUGAGUAUGUGGAUACUGGCGAGGUCAUUGACAAAAUCACCUUACCGGAUUUCCUGAAAGUCUACCUUAACCACCGGCCACCUUUUGGUAACACCAUGAGUUCCAUCCAGGAGAGCUUCGACAUUCUGGGCUAUACCAACUCAGAAGGAAAGAAAGCUAUUCGGAGAGAGGAUUUCCUGAAACUGCUUCUAACUAAAGGGGAGCACAUGACGGAGGAGGAGCUGUCUGACUGCUUCGCCACGCUGCUGGGCAUGAGCCCCGAGGGCUGGAACUCCGAGCCGGCCGCCUCUGCCCUCAAAGGGCCGGAAGUGCGCUUGGAAGAGGAACUCCCAGAAGAGAUCACGGCGGAAAUAUUCGUCACGGACAUUCUGGGCCUGACCAUCUCACCCAGUGGUUUGGGAGAAGGUGCUGGGGCCAGCAAGGAGGCAAUGGGUGUCUGAAGGACCAAGGACUGUGUGUGGGGGGAGGGUUAUUUUCCCUCCACGUGUCUCCCUACCCCCAUGCCGGCCUUGAAAACAUGUAGACAUUAAAAGCAAGUUUCUGGUAAGCGGCGGGAUUCCCCAAGUUGGAGGUUCCCCUGUUUCUGAAACAGCGAGGCAAGGCCGCCGGAGAGGGCUCGGAGGGGGAGCAGGCGGCGGUGCGGGCCCAGGAGCCUCAGCCUUCAGCAGGCCUUCCUAGGGGCACGGGUGGCCUGUUCCCUUCCCCGCGAAUGCCCCCCGGGCCCCGGCCUACAAGCCCAAUGUCAGCAAGGUCACCAGACGUCCGUUUUUAGCGGGACAGUCCCAAUUUUUAACAAUUUGUCCCGCGGCAUUUUAAAAAAAAUUUUAAAGAUUUUUUGGGACUUUUUUAAAAUGCUGCGAGACGCGGGACAAAUUGUUAAAAAUUGGGACGUCUGGACACCUUACCAAUGUGGGUGGGACCGCCCCGCCUGCUGUCGGGGCCCCUGAGAGUCUCUUGCUCACGGUUUCUCGUCAGCAAAACACCCGAGCAGCUGUACGUGGCCGUUGGGAAGAGCACUACUGGCCAUGCUUAACGGGGUGGCAACUGCCAGAGAGAGUGCAAAAGGCACCCUGUGUGGCUGCACCUGGACCCGCAUCCACAGGCCGCCCUGCCCUCCCCCCCAGCAGACACCGGCCUGGCGGGUCUGCCGCCUCUCCCUCCAUGGGCUUCACAACACGCAGAGGCAAGACACGGGCCGGCCCCCCGGCCCAGGGGGUGUUUAGGGAACACGCUACGUGUCUCUCAGUGUUUUCACCUUAAAAAGGAGGUGCCGUCACUGCGUACACAGGUGGAAGUUAUGGUCUGACUUUAGAGUUUUGUCCUCAGUUUCCAGGUCUCCUUUUUCAGGCAAAUGUGUGCGAUGUUAUCUCCCACACGUGGUCAGUCCAGCACACACACACCCCCAAACCAGGGCCUUCCCCGCUGCCCGGCGCCCACCUGGACCGCAGACGGGAACCGUCGCCCCGGACUAGCCUGUCACUGCUACCCUGGGACAGACAGCGUCUCAUUGUGUCACCAGUGCUAGCUUACAUUUUGUUCUUAAAUAAAAAUAAAAAAAACAAGCCCCGUGAAUCAGUUUUGCAGCUGCUCAGGGCUUCAGAGAUAAUAUUACCAAACAGCAGGCCGGUGAGAACGUUCUCAGGGACAUUUUAGGCAACAGGAAACCCCAAAUGACUUGUUCUCUUAAAACAACAGCUCAGAGUUGGAU